GGGCAAAAAAGAAAAAAGAAAAAACCAGUUAAAAUUAGAGGCAGCAGAGCGGCGGACAUUAGUUGUGCAGCAGCUUUGUGCAGGAGCGCGAGAACCAUGAAAGCGGCGGUGCUGUAUCACUAUCCUUGCCCAGACGGUGCGUUUGCUGCUUUGGCCGCCCACCUCUACUUCUCAGCCAUGUCUAUGGAAGAACUCCUCUUCUUCCCCAACACCGUCUACAGCCCCAUCACCCCCCAACACCUCCCUCUCCACCAGAUCGACCGCCUCUACCUCCUUGACUUUGUGGGUCCCCCUGGUUUUGUCCAGGAGAUCUCUUCCAGGGUCCCCAGCGUCGUCGUUCUGGACCACCACAAGACUGCCCUCGAAACGACGCGCAUUGAUGAAAACGUCACCGGUGUCCUAGACAUGAACAGGAGCGGGGCCACCAUUGCUUUUGAUUACUUCAAAAGCAAAAUUGGCGGUGACAGUGGCGACAAGAACGAGGCGGUGGUUGCUCAGUUUGACAGAGUGAGGAGGCUGUUCGAAUAUGUGGAGGAUGGGGAUCUCUGGAGGUGGAGCCUCCCUAAUAGUAAAGCUUUCAGUAGUGGGCUCAAAGAUUUAAACUUUCAAUACGACGUCGGCCUCAACCCGUCUUUGUUCCAACAACUGCUUUCUUUGGAUUUGGAGUCCUUAAUUAGUCAAGGAAUGGCGAGCUUAUCAAAAAAGCAGAAAUUAAUAGAUGAAGCUCUCAAUCGGUCUUAUGAAAUUGCACUUGGGGGUGGAGCCUUUGGACAUUGCCUGGCUGUCAACGCAGAUUCUAUCUCAGAGUUGAGGAGUGAACUCGGACAUCAAUUAGCUACUAAAAGCCGUAGUCUAAACUUAAGGGGUGUCGGGGCUGUUGUAUACAGAGUCCCAGAGCUUGAAAAUGACCAAAUGCUUAAAAUAAGCCUUAGGAGUGUGGACACCGAAGACACGACGCCCAUCUCACAGGAGUUUGGAGGCGGUGGGCAUCAAAGCGCUAGUUCCUUCAUGUUAGGCUCUGCAGAAUUCGAGCAGUGGAAGAUUGGCUUUGUUGCUUUGUGACAUGAAGCAAUCACUGCUGGCUGUCCAAAAUGUACAGGACAACAUGGUGGUCGAAAUGUUUGUCUCUCUGCAUAAUUUUGGAACAAGAAUAUCUUGCAGUACUAUUGUUCUUCAAAUUUUAUUACAUCAAAAGAGACGCGGGAUGAAACCAGCAGAGGAAACUGUAAAGACCUCGAAGAAAUUAAACAUUGAGUGGCACACACAACAUUACAAACUAGAAACUGUAAACAUUAAUAUGCCAUUACUUCAAGAGGCCAACAUCGAAAUCCAAUUGCUAAAAAUGUUGCAUACAA